AUGGAGACCGAGCAAAACAACAGCAUCCCCUUCCUAGACGUUCUCGUUACCAAAUCACCAUCCGGCAAGCCCGCUCAUCAAGUCUACAGGAAACCCACACACACCGAUAGAUAUCUUCACUACAGAUCCUUACACCAUCCAUCCGUACUACAAUCAGUCCCCAACGCCAUCAUCCGCCGAGCCCAUAAACUCUGCGAUGCAGACCAUCUAGACCAGGAAAUCCAGCAUGUCACCACAGCCCUAACUAGCAUCAACAAAUACCCAAGACAUAAGAUCAAAUCCAAGACUCCCGCCAGCAAGCCCGCAGCGAACACCACCCCUGAAGAGAACCCACCCGCAUCUACUCCACCGAAGCAAACUGUUGUUCUUCCCUAUAUCGAUCAAGCCUCUCACAAGAUUCAACGUAUCCUUCAAGCAGCAGACGUCCAAGUUCGAAACACUUCCUCCAACAAACUCCAUUCGAUACUCCACUCCCACAAAGACAAGCAUCCAAAACACAAGAAAGCUGGAGUCUACAAAAUACCAUGCGAAUGUGGAAAAGUCUACAUUGGUGAAACGGGGAGAAAUCUGGAAACAAGACUCAAGGAGUACAGAACCAGCUUCAGACUCAGCGAUUGGGAUAAGUCUGCCAUCGUCAAACAGACAAACACGCCCAGCAACACGAACACACCAUCGAAUGGGAUAACAGUCAUCUCAUCUCCAUAA